AUGCAACAGAUAGAAGGUACCUCUAGCUCCUUACCCGAAUCCCACACCCUCUCCCGUAGCAGAAAGCAGCAACUCGCAACUCGAACUGCUUCUAAUCCCUUCCCUACCCUCAACCCUGGCUGCUUCUAUCUUUCUCUUUUUCUUCUUUUACCAAAACGAUCCCGACUCUUCAGCCUCUGUAGACCCCGCCUAAACCCUUCACCCACCUACAGUAUCUAUCACAUAGAGUCUAAUAGUCUCUGUCUCUCUUUAUUUUUGUCUUUCUUGUGUCUUCCUUUCCAUUCUAUCACUCUCUUUCUCUCUCUUUAUCUGUCUUUCUAUAUCUCUAAAAAUCUGUCUUGCAUUUUUCUACCCCCCUAUGCAUUUGUAUUCGUCUUUCUCUUUCGUUCUCACUUUGAGUACAUUUUUCGAGAGUAUUCCCUCAUCCGUUUCUAUUUCACCCCUCCCUCGCUCCUUCUGCAGUUUCUUUUCUUUUCUUUUUCUUUUUUGGUUCGCCACCCAUCCACUCCUGACUUAUUUUGCCAUCUUUCAGUGAGUCUCUUCUUACACGUACUCGGUGUUGCUUUCCGCUUACCAUACACGAUAAACCCAAAAUGCCACCUUCUGUCGUUUCUUUCUAGGGGUAUCCGCUCAGAGUGGCGUGUGUCUGGCUCAUCUUACCCAGCCUUUCUCGGCCUCAUCUUUUUUUUUCUCUUCUCAUCGGGCAGCAAGAAAGCCACGUGCCCGGCUACGCCCUACCCGUCCAACACCACCACCACCCCAUACACCUCCUCCAUUAGGAUUACCACUUCUUCUUUCUUCGACCUACUCUUCUCCUUCUUGCUGCUGGUUCUUGCCUCAUCCGCCUCGUCAAGUGAACAGGAUCGACGUGGUGACAUUGCUUCUCUUCUCAUUAAAUUGUUGCUGAUGCAUCUGUUGCUUCUGUUACUUUUUUCUGGGAAUCCUUUGCAGAGAGGGACGAGAGGACGUUAUCUUUGUACCCCUCUUCACCACCACCUUCCAUCCAUCGCCUUCAUUUGGUCUUUUCAGACCCCACUGAUUCUUUAG